AUGCCAACAGAUGGCGAUCGAGAUGUACUCAUCAUUGUGGAGUCCAACCACGCUUCAGUAGUGGCGGUACAACCCAAUUGCAAUUCACAGGAUUGCCUCGGUGGCGCUCGAGCGUGUGUGGUUAAUCAGAAUUACGCCAUAUCAAACACGCAAAACCCGCACGCGGCAAGUUGGGCCCCAGAUGGUAGCGUCCUAGUGGUAGCUUGUUCAAGGCAGGUUCAAAUCUUCGUAUGCCUACGACAGCAUUUAGCCAAAGUAGGAUAUAGAGAACAAUUGUCUGAGGUGGCUUUCCAACGAGAGAGUACUAUUUUGGCAGAUGCAGACAAGGUAACCGAUACGAAGCACGAAGUGGCUGUGCGGAUGGCUGAGACCAAAUGUGCAGACACGACCACGCAAGCAGCUGAAGAUAAAUUCGCGGCUGUAGACUCAGGUAUAAAAUCACAAAGGCCGAGCAUCGACGAAAAAGUCGGGAAUAGGCUCAAACCUAGUAGGGCAGAGUCUGAUGCAGACGAUGCGUUUGUACUAAUGCUCAGUAUACCGCUAUACUAUAUUCCAAAGGAUGUGUCCGUUGCGAUCUGUGAUGUCGGCUGCAGUAUUAGUUGUGCGUCACAGGACGCAGAUUCCAGGGAUGGAGCCGCAAAGAUACCUCCAUCAUUCACAUACAAAGGGGAACUGGGUACCAAAAACUCAUCUCCUUAUGCUUCUAGUGGAAACCAAGAUGGGUCCACUGUAGUCUGGUAUUCUAUAGCCGUAGCCGGGCCAGACGGAGUGGAGUUGCAUACUGUAGCCUUACAGCAACCGGAGUCCUUCGACGAUCUCAAGGAUAUACGAAGCCAUACUCAAGAAGAAGCCCAGCCGGCCGGCGGUAGCUUACUGGCUCCAUUAGCUUCAUAUGUUAUAGUGGAAACUUCCGGCAUCGCGAGUACCAUAGUGUCGCAAAUACCACACCACGCACAUACUCAAACACCUGAUCCCCAAUUACUUCACGAGUCUCUUGCCGUUGCGCAUGUAUCCCACUCCAACAGUGGAAAACAAUUGGCUGUUGGUGCGUAUGAUGGACACCUGGACGAUACUUUGCCCGACUGUGCAAUACAUAUUUGCAGGCUUGACAAUGAGAACGGUAAGCCUCCGGGAUCAAAAGUGGUAGCGAUGCAGAGCGAUCAGGUGCGCAUUGGGCCAAUAGCGGCUACGACGAACAACAACAUGCCAGGGGGUUUACUAGUCUGGAGAGGUGAUAUUGGUGAUUAUAGUAUCUGUGUAUCCCAGGCAACACUGGAGUUUGUGGGGAUACUGGAAUAUAGGAUACGGACCGAUACUUGCAGAUUCCGACGAUCAACGUGGGAUCUUGCUGUGAAAGGAUUGUGUGCAGGAGUUGAGAUGUGCGGUGUGAUCUCCAAACGGACCACCCAUCACAACAUAUAUUCCAGCCACAAUGUUAUCUACUGUCUCACUCGUGGCGGUCAUUUGUUGUGCCUCCCCGAUAGUGUGUGUUCUAAUUCCGCUGAAACAGUGAAAUGCCAACCCAGCGAUUGGGAAACAGUACCCUUCAGGGUGGGCCCGACAAGCAAUUUUGAAACAAACGUAAUGCAAAGUGUAGAAAUGAGCACAGCGAUAUUAGCAAGUAUCACUCGCCCAAAGAUGAUCUUCAUCUUACACGAUUCGAAAUAUGGCACCAUCUAUGUCGAUAAUCACGGCAUACUUCACUGUGAGGUCGCAUGUAUUUGCGCGUGUUACCUUAACGACAGCCUCGAAAGAGAGUACAGCAGAAUGCAAGCGACAGGAAAUGAGAGAUUAUCCCGGAAGACAAUACAGGCGUGUAAUUUACUGACUAAUGCGCACACCCGCCUGUCCAAUAGCGCGGCUCAUGAACUCCGAAGCUUUGAACUGUAUGAUUUACCUUUUAUUUUCCCCAAAACAAGUGGUAGCACACCCAAGGAGACGGCGAGUAUGGACGAAUCAUAUAUUACUAUCACGAUCCACCGCACCGUGUAUGUUCUUCCAAGAGAACACCACGGUGUACCAUCGUGUACUGGUGCUGGCGCGCAUUCGUGUAAGGAUACACAGACGAAAGCGACUUCUAAACUGGGUGUGGCAGUAGUGUUCGCGGCGAAGGUCUCUGCCGUUAGAAUUUUACGAACGACACUAUACGCACUGCUGAUUGGCAUCGACGUGCAAGGAAACGUACGCAUUCAAGACAUAACGGAUUAUGUAAAUCUCCGAUCUGAAAUUGAAAAAACCGCCGCCCCUAGUCAUACAGAAGUGACUGAUUUGGAGAACUCGACGCUUACAGCAUUUGACAUCAUCUACAAUACAGAGAGUGCAACUGCCGUAUGCGAGGGCUGGGGGGCGACUGUGGAGCAGUAUAGUGAAAGGCACUGCGGUAGUAUAGUGAGCUGUGCAACGACGAAGAGAAAAGCUUCUCGAGGAGAACCCUAUCUCGAGAAAGAUUCGAUACUAAGAACAGCCAAGGCUCUUGGUAGAUCUACCGACAUCUACACAGAUCAACAAGCAAAUGGUCAAGAGCACGUCAACGAAUAUGAAACUACAGACAGACUUAUUACAUGCGAAAGUAUCGUGGCAGUAUUGUCUACAGGCCACGGCGUGACAAUUUGGCAUGUACAACUACAACUCCCUGGUGUUGGAAUCGCUUACACUGAAGCGCAUUCAGUUCAACCACGGGUUAAUCCACACAAUAAGAGACCAACUGCACCAAAUGAUACACGGAUGAAUGAGAUUGUAUCUCCUGCCGAAAGUGCUAGCAAGGAACUUCCCAUUUUUAAUAUAACACUCGACCCUGGUACUCUUUACACCUGCUGUGGGGUCCACAAUGCGCCAAACGGAACGAUCGAAACUGUAUUGAUAACAGAAAUUACCAGUGCAUCAGCGUUGGAACAAAACUCUUGUGGAGUAUUUCCAGGUGUGUCUUCGGGUUGGGGUUAGAUUACAGUUCCUUUCUUCUGUUAUCGAUCGAUUCGCGAUUCAAGCUUAGUCCAAAACAAGGGCCACCAAACAAAUUGCCCUGUUGAAAGUCGCCCUAAAUAUACGAGUAAAUGGAAAAGGUCUGCAGUAUUCUAUUCACAUGACGAUCACCGAAUACAGUACCCAAUUUGAAGUCGCACUCCAUAUAUAACUGACAGGAUGUGUGAGGUCCGCAGUAUUAUUAUUGUAUAUAUUGAUGGCUUUGUUUCUCGUUAAACGUGUGCCUGCCCCUGUGUAUAGAGGUGACCUGCGCUUCGCAAGCUUGAACACCAGAAAUCACACAUACGACAAACUAAGAUGAAGACAAAAUAUAUUAUUCAUUUGGAAGGCACCAUAAUGUGAGUGUGCAAUGGGGCAGUGUGACGAACUGACGC